AGAGAAGGCGACAGGAGAGCCGCCGGAGGAGCCGCCGGAGGAGCCGCGAGCUUUCCCCGCCGAGACCCUCGAGCCAGCGCAGCCGCGCAGGCGGCCCGAUCCCUCCGCCGGGCCAGAGGCAUGGCCACCACACUGGACCUGAAGUCCAAGGAAGAGAAGGAUGCCGAGCUGGACAAGCGGAUCGAGGCCCUGCGCAAGAAGAACGCUGCCCUGAUCCGGCGUUACCAGGAGAUCGAGGAGGACCGCAAGAAGGCGGAGUCGGAGGGCGUGGCCGUGACAGCGCCCAGGAAGGGGCGCCCCGCCGAGAAGGAGAAUGUUGCUGUGGAUACGGAGAGGAGCGUGGGCUCCGGCCGCCGACCGGCUGCCCCCUCCCGGGCCCAGGGGAGCACUGGGAAGGGGGGCCGCAAUGCCCCCCAGCGCGGAAGCAGGGCUGGAUCGGGUAGAGGGUCCAGGUUCUGGGAAGAAGAAGUGGUGAUCCACGUGGAGCCACCACCAACUCGAAGCGGAGGAGGCUGGGGCCGUCGAGGCCGGGGCCGAGGAGGGGGAGCCUACCCUGGAGGGAACGGCCUGGCGGCGGGGGACGCCCCGGUCCCCGACAGGAGAUCCAAGGAGUGGGAGGAGCGACGUCGCCAGAAUAUAGAAAAGAUGAACGAAGAGAUGGAAAAGAUAAAAGAAUUGAGAAACAGCGGAAUCCCCUUGUCCCGGAACUUCCUUGGAAUGAUCCUCGCCGAGGGGCCUCUGCAGGAGGCCGAGCGCCACCGGGCUUUAGGGCAGCCGGGCGCCUGGGCGGAAACCUGGGGGUGGUUCCGGGACUUUGAGCGGGCCCAGCGGGCUGGGCCAGCCGCAGGGGACAGGGGUCUGGGAGGGUCCCGAAUCCAGGGUGCUCAGCAGGAGGGCAUGGCACCGGGACAGGGGGUGCUGGGCUCCUUAGACACGCGGCUCCAGCGAUGCUGUUUGUUGGAGAGAGCAGGGUCGUCGGGCAGGACCAGGUUCAAAGAUGGCCCUGGCUCUGUCCCAGAAACACCCUCGCAUCAUGAUGAAGGCAGUAGCCGACCCCCCAAACCCCCAACCUUUGGAGACUUUUUGUCCCAGCACAAGACUGUAUCUGGCAACCGAAGGAGAAGGAAGACCAGCCGGCCCCGGGCCAAAGGCCCACCUCGGGAUUACAGCCACCAUGAUGACCGGUGGGAGCCCAAGGAACAGAAGGAGCAAUUGCCUGCCACGGACCAGGAGAAGCCCCCAGACUCAGAGCCACAGACUCAGACCCCCAGUGCAGCCCCAGAGCCCCCGGCUCCAGAGGCAACCCCGUCCACUGCUGAUGAGGAUGAGGACCAGUGGGAGGAUGUGAGUGGGGAGGAGGAGGAGGAGGAGGAAGAAGAGGAAGAGGAUGGAGACUCUGGGGAGGAGGAGGAAGAGGAAGAGGAGGAGGAGGAGGAAGAGGAUCAACCACAAGCAGGUGCUGGUGGCUCAGGGCAGACCCCAGGACCCCAGGGCAGCUCCCCCCAGCCCAGGCACCCGGCAUCUCAAACGCCCUUCCCCCCUCCAGGCCAUCAGCCCCGGUCCGGCUGGGGGAGGAAUGGGCAACUCCCCGGCUCGCUCCCGAUGUGGUUCCCCCGGGCCCCCUCUUCCGGGGCUGGGAAGUGA